CCAGGCCGCAGCAGGCCCCUCGCCCGUGCAGCCGUGAACCAGGGUGUCGUACGCCGCCCGAGGAGGACGUCGGCGCCUACACGGUCCGGGCCGCCGGCGACCCCCGCACAGCGGGCCGGAGGCUGUACGUCAAGCCGCCGGCCAACACGAUGUCGAGCUCCUGUCGAUGUGGGAGAAGAAGACCGGCAGGACGUUCCGGCGGGUCUACGUCGCUGAGGCCGCCGUCCUCAAGAUGACGGCACCACACGCCUGGUUCUUCUUCCUGAGAAGACGGCAUCUGCGUUGCAUUUUACUGUGAAAUGUGAACGGGGUCGACGACUCUGCAGGGGCUCCUUUGGCGCUGGGCAUCGCGCUGUCGGUCGCGCACGCGGCGUGCAUCUUGGGGGAGACCGACUUCAAGAUCGAGCCGUCGAUGGGGGCGGCUGCCGGCGAGGUGUACCCGGACGUCGUGGGCACCACAGUAAAGCAUGUACAAUAACGUACAGUCAGCAGGCUAUAAGGGAAUCCACGUCACUCAAAUCUGAUGUGGAGGCUUAAUUAAAGAAGAAAGAGAAGCGAGAGACCGCUCCGUCUGUCGUCAGCCUGAAGCGUUUUUCUCGAGAAUGAAGCGCCCGCCACAAGCCUGCAGCGAGCGAAUGAGCCGACGCUUCGUCCUCCUCCAAGAUCCAAUGCACCAUCCAGUUUCACCGCGCAAAUUUCCCCUCCGCCUCCCACCAAAUCGGUUCUAGACGCGCCAAAUCAGCUCCCUUGCGCGCCAAAUCGAAGCCUGGAUCCCAAAUAGAUGCCCAAUCGUCCCCAAUCAGCCCCCCCGAAACUCUAGGUCACCACCACAGCACGCACAAGCUUCUUGUUCCUCCGGUGCAAUCGACGACGGGUGCCUAUGCGAGAUGAGUCGGCAGUCAAAGAGAACCUCAGCGCCGGCGCCCCAGGCUGGUCCUCCCCUUGGAGGACCGGGAGGACAAGCAGUUGUGCCCCCUCCCAUCCCGUCCAUGUUUGGAUUUGGAUCUUGGUGUCCGCCAAAUAUUUUGCCGCAGCCUACUACAUCGUCACCAGCAUACUGCCGCACAGGACUGCAACAGAUGGGCUCGUCUUCAACGCAAGUGCCUUGGUGGACACCUCCCGGUGUUGGUGCCCCAUCUGCUCAAGACCAAGACGUACAAGCAUGGGGAGUGGAUUUGCACCCACCUGGUGGUUUCGUAAAUCUUCUGAACAAGAAUGCAUCAAACCCCACUGAAGAUGUGAACAAUGGGAGUUCAUCACAGCCAAUCAACAUAUGUGAUGACACAGAUUACAGUAGUAGGACUGAGAAGCGUUUGGCAUGGACAAAAGAGGAGGAUCUUAUACUUAUCCAAUCCAAUCAAAUUACAAGAAGAAUGAUCAAUAUUGGAAAGAUGUUGCUGCUGCGUACAACAGAGCAGUCCCAAAGAACAGGGCAAGGCAAGUUAAGCACAUCAAAGAUCGCUUUGCUAGAAUUAAGAAAAAGGUUACAUGGUUUUGUAAGAGUUGGAAAGAGGCAAAUACUUUGUGGGCUAGUGGUGAGUCUGAUGCAGACUUAAUGAACAAAGCACUAAAACUUUAUGAAGACGAGCACAAAAAAGAGGGUCCAUUUAUGUUCAAGCAUUGUUGGGAUGUUCUGCGUAACGAACCAAAAUGGGAUGCUUACGUGGAACGCCUUGAAGAUUUAGAGCCAGAUAAGAGGAAAUUUGAGAAGGACAUCAGUGAGCAGUUCUCUCUAGAACAUGCUACAGAUGAGCGGCCCAUAGGAGGAAAAAAAGCUAAGGAGCAGCGGAAACGGAAAAAAAAAGGAUGAAGCUUGUAUAAUAGAUCUUGAAGGUGAACUCACUGCCUUUGUGGAGGCUCAAAAUAAAGCAAAUGAAAGCCGUAAGGAGAUGCUAGAGACACAAAAACGAGUGUCAAGUGAAAAACUUGAAGCUCAGAAGCUAGCAUAUCUUGCAGCAAAAGAGAAUAAGGAGGCAGGUAUGCUAGAAGCAUAUCGAGAGUUGUUGAAACAAGAUACAACUGGGAUGGCUGAAGAUGUGAGAUCCGAACAUGUACUGGCGUUGAAGUGUCUCAGGGAAAAAAAAUUUGGCAACUG